UUAUACUGAAGUGCCUUGGUGUGGCUAAAAACAACUUAUCUCUAUAAAAUGGAUGCAUUAGCUGUCCCGCAGAAUAGAGAGAAAGGCUGGUACCUGUCUCUCAUGGCACCUAACACAAAAGGACCUAAGUUUGCAUGGCUUGACCCGUCCAGAUUCUACUGCAAUGGACAGGCUUUAUCAGAUUGUGUGAAGGAUCUCCUAAGACCAUUCCAGAAUGAGUCCAUUGACUUGGUAGCGGGAAUAGACGCCAUGGGAUUCAUCCUUGGAUCUGCUGUGGCCACGACCCUGGGAAAAGGUUUUUUGGCUAUUCGCAAAGCAGGACACUUGUGUGUGCAAACGCAAACUCAGGAAUACACAGAUUACUCUGGGAGAGAGAAACUCAUGGAAGUGCGUGUUGACGUUUUAAGACCAGGUCUGCGUGUGCUCAUUGUUGACCAAUGGAUAGAAACUGGAGGCACUAUGAAAGCUGCAAUCAAACUGGUGGAGAAACAGGGAGCUACUGUCGUAGGGGUUGCUGCUGUGGCCAUUGAAAACAGUGAAGGUGGCAAGUGGAUAAAAGACAACUAUAGGUGUUCUCACUGUAUCCCUGACCAACUGCAGUCUCAAAUAGACGGCCAAUAUCUGGAAUCUUUUAAGGCCUUGAGUGGACCAACCCAAUAAAGCAGGCACUGAGAGGAUUCCACAGGGAGGAAGAGACCAGAAGAGGUCAGCUUUGAGUCACAUUCUCAGAGACAUCAUACGCCAUCAACAGUUUUCCACAGUAUACAACUACAAAACUGUCUAAUGUCUUAAGCCUUGGCUGGAGAAGAAUGAAAUCUCUGCUAUACCUUGACAAGAGCCAUGCUGACCAUAAAUUACAAUAUGGUAAUACGGUAAACACACCAGCCAUACUUGAGAGCUGUUAGACUCCUCUCGGGAAUUCUUUUCAGUCAGGUUACCUAGUGCCUUUCCACCACAACUCCCUUUUGAUCCUGAAACAUUUACUUUUACGAUCAUUCAUUAAUUAUCAGAGUUUAUAGGGAACUAAUGGGCUAUUUUUCUGGAUGAAUACCAAAGUGUAUUAAAUACUCUAUGUCUUA